UGUUUCGUCCCAAGCCUCGGGAAGAAGACGGGCUCGGCUCGGUUCGGCCCGGCCGGAGGUGGAGUCAGUCUGUCGGUGGGGAGGGAUAAGAAAGGGGAGAGGAGGAAAACGGCAGAUAUUACAGGACCGGGGAGGGGGGGAAGGACGGUGUAUGACUGAAAAGUGACAUUACGGCUAAUUAACGAGCUGCGGUGAAGAGGAACGGAACAAGAUGAUAGCGCCUUACUUCCUGGAAAAUUUCUGGGGAGAAAAAAACAAUGGCUUUGAUGUCCUCUAUCACAACAUGAAACAUGGACAAAUUUCCACCAAGGAGCUGACGGACUUCAUUAGAGAAAGGAGUACUAUAGAAGAGGUCUAUGCCAGGUCAAUGACCAAACUUGCCAAGUCAGCUGGCAACUUUUCUCAGCUCGGGACGUUUGCUCCAAUGUGGGAUGUGUUCAAGAGCUCAACAGAGAAGCUGGCUGGGUGUCACUUAGAGCUUGUGAGGAAACUGCAGGAACUCAUAAAAGAAGUACAGAAAUAUGUGGAAGAGCAGGCCAAAGCACACAAAAAGACAAAAGAAGAAGUGGCACCAACUCUGGAAGCUGUGCAGAACAUUCAGAGUAUCUCUCAGGCUCUUCAGAAGUCCAAGGAGAUCUACAAUGCCAAAACUGUAGAGCAGGAGCGUCUCCGCAAAGAGGGGGCCACCCAGAGAGACGUCGACAAGGCCGGAGUAAAAGCCAAAAAAGCCACAGAGACCUACAAAUCAUACGUGGAGAAAUACGCCACGGCCAAGUCUGAGUUUGAACAGAAGAUGGCAGAAACUGCACAGAAAUUCCAAGACAUUGAAGAAAACCAUAUUCUCCAAAUGAAGGAGAUCAUUCAGUCUUACGCUCAGUCUGUGGAGGAAACCCACGUUCAGAUCGGGGAGGUCCACAGUGAGUUUGUGAGGAACAUCGAGAACACGUCGGUGGAUAGUUUGAUACAGAAACUGUCUGAGAGUAAAGGAACGGGCAAGGAUAGGCCAGGACCCAUUGAGUUUGAGGAGUGUAACAUAGCUGUUGCAACAGAAGGUGCCAAACCACGAAAGAGGAAGCCUUUUGGCAUUCCAGGUCGAAGGAAAGACAAGGACACAGAUUCCACGGAGUCCACAGAAGUGGAAGCUGCUAACACUGCCAAUGGUGCUCCCCCAGGAUAUUUUGGGUCCUUAGACAUCCAGAACGCAAAUGUGCCUGAAGUUGAUGCAGAAGGUUUCUGUAUCCGACCAGAAGUGAAUGAAAACGAUGCCAAAGAAAACUCCUUCUACUCGUCCAGCGACUCGGAGGACGACGACGAGCCCAGGAAGUUCCACGUGCAGAUCAAACCCGUUCAGCCCAAUAACGGCACUCAUCAGAACCGAGCCAACAUCGACGAGCUGAAAGCCUCCAUCGGAAACAUCAUCCUCUCCCCUUCGGCCUCGAUGAUGAACUAUCCAAACCCAGAGUGCCUACAUCAUACGAACUGACCAACAACGAUCUCCUGUCUCUGGAUCCACUCGGCCCAGCUCUGCCUGUCGGAUCUGCCUCCUCUGUGUCCUCAGCGGCAGUCGACUCGGUGCUACCAAAGGGUCGCUCUACUCCUUUGGCAGAGCUCCAACAACCCAAGGACGUCUCCUCCUUCUCCUCAUCCACAUCCUCUCCCUGGGAUUCACCAGAAGCUCCUUUCCAAGUCCUCACACCUGCCCUGUCCAGAGCCCAGAGUGCCCCCCUCACCCAGCCCUCUGAGCCCGUUGACCCUAUCAGGAGCCCCGCUGCCGUCGGUCCUCCUGAAAGCGCAGACAGCUCCUCCUCCUCGUCCCGGUCCCAGAACCAGUGGACGGUUUUCGGUGAGAGCACGUGGUGCCGUCGCGGCCCACCUGUGAUGGAGCUGCAGAGGUUCCGGCCAGGUGCCUGCAGGUCCAGUCGCUUCCUGUCGGAUGACUCUGCAGACGUGUGCAGCAGAGAGGACGGCAGCCUGUGUGUCUCUGACAUCUUCUGUGAUAGAGCUGCAGCCCCGUCAAACAAAAUACACAAUGUGCCAGUUCCAAACCGGCCGACGACCCCUCUGACAGCCGGAGCCCUGGCUCCUCCUCCUCCUCGACCCUCCUCCAGGCCCAAAAUCCCCACUGGGAAACUCACAGGGAUCAAUGAGAUGGGACGGCUGUUCAGUCCACCCAAAUCAUCGAACGCCAGCCCUCCUCCAACGGCUCCUCUCGCUCGUGCAGAGAGUUCCUCCUCUCUGUCCUCCAACGCCUCCCUCAGUGCUGGGAACACCCCCACAGUUGGAGCUGAACACCCUUUUGUUUCCCCCCUCUCCUCCUUAGAGCGAGAGCUCCUCACCUUCUGUCCUUCUCUUCUAAACCAAAAGGAUGAUGAGUUUAUAGCCAAGCUGCCAACCUUUGAGAAGCUCUGUGAAACACCUGCAGGAACGUCUCGCGGUCCCAGCCCUGUGACCCUGGCAUCCCAAGAUGCUUUGCCCAUUGCCGUGGCCUUCACAGAAUCGGUUAAUGCUUACUUCAAAGGAGCUGAUCCCACUAAGUGCAUUGUGAAGAUCACAGGAGAUGUGACGUUGUCGUUCCCCAUGGGCAUCAUCAAGGUUUUCACCACCAACCCGUCCCCAGCCGUUCUCACCUUCAAACUGAAGAACACCAGCAGGCUGGAGCAGAUCCUCCCCAACCAACAGCUUUUAUACAGUGACUCUUCCCAAAGUGACUCAGACUCCAAGGACUUCUGGUUCAACAUGCAAACGCUGACGUCCUACCUCAGAAAAGCCUCUGAACAGAACCCUUCAGCUUCCUACUAUAACGUGGACAUCUUAAAAUACCAGGUGCAGUCCAAUGGUAUCCAUUCAACUCCUCUUAACCUGGCUGUGUACUGGAACUGUACCCCGAGCACAACGGACCUGCGGGUGGACUACAGGUACAACUCUGGAUCCAUGGCCUCUUCUGGCCCCCUCACCAACGUUCAGGUCUUAGUGCCCGUUGACGGCGGAGUGACCAGCAUGCAGUCUCUGCCUAACGCUCUAUGGAAUUCAGAGCAGAAUAAAUGUCUCUGGAAGCUCAGCGACAUCUCAGAUAAAUCUGAAAAUGAAGGCGCCGGCUCUCUCAGAGCCAAGUUCGACCUCUCCAGCGGACCCUCGAACCCGUCCACGCUGGCGGUGCAGUUCAUGAACGAGAGCAGCACGCUGUCAGGAGUGGACAUGGAGCUGCAGGGGACCAGAUACAGACUUUCCCUCAACAAGAAAAGAUUUGCCACAGGGCGCUACAUGGCAGAUUGCUGAGGUGACCCCGCCCCCCUCGUACCCCACUCUGCGUCCCAAUAAACGAGCCUCGGAACGCUUUCGAAGCGUCCCGACUCACCGCAGCGCCACAGGAAUCUGACUUCAGUAACGCAGCACUGAGUAUUGAACACUGUUUAAAAGAAAUAAAACUAAAAUGAGCUUUCAGAUGUGUAGAUAUGAAGUCUAAUGAUGCAUUCUGAUUAAGUCCCUUUUGUACAGAGACCGUUUAUUGAUUUACCAUAAAUUUAUAUUGUAUUUCAAAUGAUAACAAAAAGGAAAAAUAGAUGCACUAACAACUUUCAGAAGCUCUUUUUUUUCUCUCAUACUCAUUUCUAAGAGCCUAAAAGAAAUAUCAAACUAUUUCUCUGUGAAUGAGAAGAAACUUUUUUUUUCUGUCUGUAAAUAAUUGUUGAAUUUCUGACUAAAUCAGCGUCCUUUA